UCACCAACAUUUGCUUGCAACCGAGCAGAGAAAAUGAGUUCACAGAAACUUCAAUUCUUUCUUCUUUUCUUCAUCUGGGCUUCGUUGCUGGCUUGUCUCUCUCACGAUGUCCCUGGCAAGUACUCCAUAUUAGGCUAUGAACUUGACAAGUAUCCUUCGGAGGAACGAGUGGUCGUCGAGCUGUUCCAACGUUGGAAGAAGGAGCAUGGAAGGUUUUACAGACACCCAGAAGAAGCAGCCAUGAGGUUGGGGAACUUCAAGAGGAAUUUGAGGUAUGUCGUAGAGCAGAACGCAAUGAGGACUUCUCCCAAUGCACACCGUUUGGGACUGAACAGGUUUGCUGAUAUGAGCAAUGAAGAGUUCAGGAGAACAUAUUUUCCAGUGAUGAAGAGGCCAAUUAAGAGAAGUAACAGCGUCACGAAUGGAGGCUUCCAUUUAAAGGACAAUUCUUGUGAAGAUGCGCCUUCUUCAUUAGAUUGGAGGAAGAAGGGGGUUGUUACUGGUGUUAAGGACCAACAAGAUUGUGGAAGUUGCUGGGCAUUCUCUUCCACGGGAGCCAUGGAAGGAAUAAAUGCACUAGUCACAGGGAAACUCACUAGUCUCUCAGAACAAGAGCUCGUGGAUUGUGAUACAACUAAUGAUGGAUGUGAGGGAGGCGACAUGGAUUAUGCUUUUGAAUGGGUUAUAAACAAUGGUGGGAUUGACACAGAAACUAAUUAUCCAUAUACUGGAAAAGAUGGAACCUGCAACAUAACUAAGGAGAGGAUAAAAGUGGUUAGCGUUGAUGGAUACCAAGACGUGGCACAAACAGAGACUGCUGUUUUGUGUGCAGUAGCGAAGCAGCCUAUCAGUGCGGGUAUGGAUGGCUCUGCAAUGGAUUUCCAACUCUAUACUGGCGGGAUUUAUGAUGGAAAAUGCUCAAGCAAUCCAGAUGAUAUUGAUCACGCCGUUCUGAUUGUGGGAUAUGGUUCAGAGGACGGUGACGAUUACUGGAUUGUCAAGAAUUCCUGGGGAACAGACUGGGGACUGGACGGUUAUUUCUUACUUAAAAGGAACGGUGAUGAGAAAUAUGGGAAAUGUGCAAUCGAUUACAUGGCUUCAUAUCCAACAAAAGAGUCUUCUGCACCAUCCCCAUCUAGUCCUCCUCCACCAGUAACGCCGCCGCCGCCUCCUCCUCCUCCCUCGCCUUCACCAAGUGAAUGCGGAGACUUCUCCUAUUGUGCUGCAGAUCAGACAUGUUGUUGCACUUUUGAGUUGCUCGAUUUUUGCCUGAUCUAUGGUUGCUGUGAUUAUGAGAAUGCUGUUUGCUGCAGCGGAACAGAUUAUUGCUGUCCCAGUGACUACCCUGUUUGUGACGUUGAAGAUGGACUCUGCCUCCAACAGAACUCAGGAGAUGUGAUGGGAGUGGCAGCGAAGAAGAAGAAGAUAGCAAAGCACAAGUUUCCAUGGAGUAAGAUUGAAGGAGAAGCAGGGCAGAGAAAGACAUACAGUCCCUUGGAGUUGAAGAGGAACCCAUUUUCAGCAGCAAUGCGUUGAACAUGAAGACUGACUCUGAGUUGUGGAGUGAUUGCAUGUUAGUAGUAAUUUUCCUUUUCCUGUAGAAGCAGAGGCAGAAGAAUCACUUCGCUGCUUCUUCCAUCUUGGCGUUAAAGGGCGCAGAGCAGGUAGUGUGAACCAAAUCAUGAACACGUUGAAGGUGACAAGACGAGGUUUUUGUGUUGUCUGCAGAUGAUGUAUCAUCCACACCGUAAUACUGUGCCCCAUUUAUACUGGAAUGUUGGUUUUACUUUGUUGUUGAAAUUAUUAGGUGUCCUAUAUUAUUCUCAAUCCUUGGGUUCAGGGGCGGAGCUUGUAUGAGUUUCACUACUUUUUAUUUUUUGUACUCUUAUUAUAUUGAUAUUGAUGAGAUUGAUAGAAAUGAUUUUUAAA